CCUCGUCCAACAGUAACUUUCCCUUCAGAUACAUCAAUUUUGUAAUCUUUUUCUAUAGAUACUAGUGCAAAACUGCUCAUUUUUAGGGUUUUGUCUCUCAAUUUAGCAAUAAAACUUCGAACAUUUUAUGUUUUGAUGUGAAGUAUAAUCUGAGCCCACGAGCAUAAUUGUGUAAUAUAAAUAUAAGACAGACUUAGAUCAGCGGUAUAUCGUAUCAGUAUAAAACAGUCUAGCGCAAUCAUGGAAACUGCAACUUUUGGUCGAAAAAGACGAAGGAAAAACGAAGAUAGUUCAGCAAUGUCAGACGAAACGUCUGCCAAAAAGCCUCUUAAAGAUGCUUCACCUAUUCUUCAACUAUUUCAAGGUUUCCAAACGGAGCUAGACAGCCGUCAUGAUAAAUAUGAACGGAUAGUGAAAUGCAGUAGAGACAUAACCACACAAAGUAAACGGGUUAUAUUUCUACUACACCGCGGCUUGGACGAGAAAUCACGAGCGAAAAUAUUAGAAGAAGCAGCAGGAAAGUUUGUUGCAAUUAAAGAAUUGUUUAAAAAGAUAGCCGCAGAGCUCUUAUAUGAGGAUUGUUAUCAAUUCGUAAGAGCUUAUUCGCCUGGUCUGCAAGAGUUUGUCGAGGCAUAUUCGUUUUGGUAUUUCUUAAAACAUGGAACUUUAGUUUCAUUUGAACAGAUCUGUAGGGAACUUGUGUUUGGGAAUGCAUCAGAAAGUACCAAAAUAGAGCAAGUUAAACCACAUGUCCACAACCCCCCUGAUGAGAACAUUCAGGUCCACAACCCCCCUGAUGAAAACAUUCAGGUCUACAACCCCCCUGAUGAAAACAUUCAGAUCCCAAACCCCCCUACAGAGAACACCCAUGUCCCUAACCCCCCUGCUAAUAUCCAGGUCCCCAUCCCCCCUGCUGAGUACAUCCUAGGUAUAUCAGAUCUCACUGGUGAACUAAUGAGGCUAGCUAUAAACAGCGUUGGACAAGGAAAUCUCACAACCCCCCUGGAAAUUUGCAAAAUUUUGCGUAAAAUCCACGACGAGUUCAUCAUGUUUGGAAAUCAGCAGCGAGGUUUUCCUAAGAAACUGGAGGUCUUGAAAAACAGUUUAAAGAAAGUAGAAAACACUUGCUAUACAAUUCAUAUCCGAGGCUCAGAAGUCCCGAAGAAUAUGUUAGCAACACUGAUAGCUUCAAAUACAGACCCUACUGUAGAUGGACAAUAAACUGCAUGUUUUAGGUGAUAAAUCAUCAACAUAUAGUGACUCAUGUACAUAUUGCAGUACAAAUAAAAUACAACUUGUUUGAAAUGCAACAAACUUGGUUUUCACCCACUAUGCAUAUUUUAAUUAACAUAAGUACAUAACUACAUUUUAUACAACGUUUUCCUAAUUUAACCCCCCUAAUGUUUGUCUAUACAGUCCUUCAGUUUUAAUUAAAUGUUUUUAACUACAAUGUUUUUAACUACAAUAUAAUACAGACUGGAGUACUUCUAUAAUUUAUAACUACACACUAUACAAAGUCAAAUUUAAUCUUGUCAGUUUCUCAACCUGCCUGAGUAACUACUUCCCAAAUUUGCUUGAGUGCAUAUGAGAUAAUUGUACAAGGUCAAGGUCAAGCAAACUUGGGAAGUGAUUAUACUCAUGCAGUGUGCUAAUGAAACUGACCACAAACUUUCUCAAAUACCUAUUCUAAAUUACACAAUACAUUUUUUAUUAAUAUUAACAUAAAUUAAUAUGUUGGGGGUAAUAAUUAACUCUUAGGUAACAUGAGUGCAAGCUUUUUCAUAUUUGUCUUAUCAACAAAUCUUUCAAAAUUUAUGUCCUUACACUCCAGAUCAUUCACAUUGUUACAGAAGAGUUAAAUAAAACCAACAAAUCAUUUAAAAAUGCUUCAUUUUUAUGUAGAAGCAGAAUAUGUAUUUCUACUUACAGCUUUGCAUGCUACACCCAAAAUAUAUUUUCAUCCCACUUUAUGAAAGCUGACUUAGUACUUCGCUUAUAUAAAGUAAUGUCAUUAUUCAGCUUCGAAAACCUGGCCUUAAUUAAAACCCAAGUAAUAUUCUAGCAGUAACUCAACACAAGUCCAUUUGGUUUCUUAAACCUUCAAAUCUAUCUAAUGCAUACUACAUUCCUACAAAGUUAGAUGCUUAGAUAAAAAAAUUAAUUCCUAACUAUAUCAAUUUUAUAAUAAUUGCAAUUACUUGUAUUAAAUGAAACUCCAGGCAUUUUAAAAUAAGAAUAAGCCAUUUCUGCAACAAUGAAAGCUAUAGAGAUGCCAGAUUCCUCUUACAGUCAUAUUUUACUAUUUCUUUAUAUUCUCUUACUUCAAACCCAAGACUUGGAUGAAGUGUUACAGUACUUCCUCAGACAGUCAACUAGUUGCACUCACACUAGGAAGGCUUCGGAAUAACCCUUGUGGCAACAUGAGCUUGCAACAUUGCAAGAAUUUCUUUGGCUCUGGCAUGUGCGAGAUGACAUCCCACUUGUUUGUCGUACAAUCAUAACAUUCCACGCUGUUAUGGUAUCUCGUACCUGUACCCUCACCACCAAACACGUACACCUUCUCACCAUGAACAGUUAUACCUGCAAAGGCUCGUGGGACACUAAGAUCGGCAACAGGGAACCAGACGCCUGCCGUGGAGUUGUACAUCUCGCAACUUCGCAGGUACGUCCGAAUGACAACCACAUGAUCAAUGGUGUCAACUUCACCAACUUCGUUGAUACCGCCAACCACAAGGAUGUUGCCACUACCAACCGAUGCCGCGACGGCGUAAGCUCUCUUGUGAGACAUCUCACUCAUUCUUUCCCAAGUGUCGGCUGUGAUGGAAUAACGCUCCAUCGAGGACAGCAUCUGGUUGUCACUUGCCUUUCCACCAAUCGCGUACAGGAAAUCACCAACGGUGACCAGACUUGCACCACUUCGCGAAACAUGCAAAGGCGUUUUCACUUCCCAUCUUUGGGUCGCAGGGUCGUACCGUUUCAGGAUACCAAGGCGGAUACCAUUCUCAACAAUUCCUCCAGCGACGUAAAGCGAGUUACCAACUGCAGCAACAGCCAUUCCCUUCAUCGGAGUGGGUAAAGGUUGGCUAGUGGACCAUUUCCUUGCUUUCACAUCAAACUUCUCAACCUCGGCUGUGAAUCCAUUCUUGGAAUACCCGCCAAGGACAAAGACAUCAUCUCCAAUUGUGGCCACGCCAUGGCUGUACCGAACCGUGCUCAUUGAUGGAAUCUUGAACCAGGCAUUCUGAGAAGGAACGAAGAGAUAUGAGGAAGCAGUCGCUCCUGACGGUUCUCGUCCACCGUUCACAAACACACAAUCGUAAAACCGAGAUGGAAUCACCUUCGUGGCAUCUUCGGUAACAUAGCACUCCAGUAUCAUCCGCAUUAAUAGAUCUGAACAAAUCGGAUCAUCGGUAACUAGCUUUUCGUUGGCAAUCGUCUCGGCAAGGUAGGUCCUACUAACAUCUUGAAGCCGAACCUUGCCAAAGAGCUUAGGGAAAAAUCCUACUCGAUUUGUUAAAUCAUGUUUCACCCAUCUUAAGAUGCCUUCAUAAAGUUCCUCUUCCGCGAACAAAACUAACUCGUCACUUGAAACUAUUUCUAAUAAUUGCUCAGGGUCAGUUAAUAAAUAAUCCUCAGUUUGAGAUAUUGCAGUAAAAUUUUCAACUAAAAAAUCCCGAGUCAGUUCACGCAAGGGUUCGCAAUGAUAUCGCCCAGCAAAGCCAUGUAAUGCAAUCCCGUUCGAUAAGUUUACAUUUUGUUGCAAAAAUCUACACCCCAGCUCCUUCAGUUCUGUGACAUUGAAAUAAUCCGCGGCGACGAUCAAAGCUUCAACGUUUUCCUGUGUCAAUUGUACUUUAGUUGUGUACAAAAAGGUGAGAAAAUCAUCCAUACGAUGCACUAAAUCGACGGGACAUUUUAGAUCGAUAACACUUUGCUUUCUUUCUUUCAUGUUGGCAGUGAACAGCGUUCGAAAAUACGGACAGCUCGAUGACAAGACUACUUUAUGGACAUCGAAUUCUUUUCCUUCUAAUCGCAAUUUCGCGUCGCAAAGUGUUUCAUCUUGGCGAAAUUCAUUCAGCUGAUGCAGCAUUUUCGUACCUAACCUUUCGCUAGUCGAGACAACGCUUUCCAGAUAUUCAUCCUGUUCUAAACUUUCCAUUGAGUGUGAAGAUCUUACUUCACUAUCAAUUGAGCCAUCGAAAUCAACCAUCGCUCGCUCGUGCCUUGUACAAAUACGGGAGAAGUGACGCGAAUGAUAUUCAACACCAAAAUAAUUUUUUG